UAUAAUAAAAUACAUAUUUUUUUAACUCUUACAUAAAUUACCGGUUUACCACAAAAUUCAUAAAUUACUUAUUUUUUUAAAACUUGUUCACAAAGCUUAAAAAAAACUGGAAGCAAAAUAUAAUAAAACAUUAUUCCGGCAUGGAUAGAAAUGAGAAAAGGGAAGUCAAAAAUCCAAGGGAAAAUGCAAAUAUUUUCUCAGUACUUUCCUUUGCAUGGUUAUUAAAAAUUUUUCUCCUUGGUAAUAAAAAAGACUUGGAGGUAACGGAUCUUUAUUCGCCAUUAAAAGAGCAUACAAGUAAAAAAUUGUCUGAUAAAUUGUCAACAUUUUGGAAUGAGGAGAAAAAACGUGAAAAAAAUGGAAAAUUAAAGCCAAACUUAAUACGAGCAUUAGUUCGUUGUUUUUGGAAGCAGUUUAUAUUUAUUGGCUGCAUUCAAGGUUUUAUAGAACUUGUCGUAAGAAUUUAUCAACCAAUUUUUCUCUCGAAAUUAUUGCAUCACUUUGAGACAGGAGAUGUGUUUUUAAACAACGACAGUUUCUAUUAUGCAGGGGCUCUUAUUUGUUGUUUAUUAACUCAUAGUAUUCUUCACAAUCUUUGUCUCUAUGGAUUACAUCAUUUGGGCCUUAAAGUGAGAAUCGCUUGUGGAAGUUUAAUGUAUAGAAAAAUUUUAAGAAUGUCCAAAACUUCAUUCCACGAGGACACAACAACCGGUCAGAUUGUAAAUAUACUGAGCAAUGACAUUAAUAAUUUGGAUACAUCAUUAGUUUAUUUACAUAAUUUUUGGAUUGCUCCUCUUCAAGCAGCUAUUAUUGUUUACCUCAUGUAUUGUGAAGUGAAAAUGUCAGCAAUUUAUGGAAUAUUAGUUCUCUUUCUUAACAUAAUACUCCUAAUGUCGGUUGGAUCGUUCGUUCCAAAUAUAACAUUAAAUGCUUGCAUCAAAACUGAUGAAAGACUACGACUUAUGAAUGAAAUACUUGCGGGAAUACAAGUCAUUAAAAUGUAUGCUUGGGAAAAACCAUUUUCAUUUAUAAUUAAACAAACCAGAAAAAAUGAAAUUAAAGCAAUUAAAAAGAGUUUAUUAAUUGACGCUAUACAAUGUACAUACGAUACUUAUAUUCCACGUGUUUGUCUUUUUGUAACAUUUGUAAGUUAUGCCCUGUCAGGAAAUGCAUUGUCCGCUCAAAUGGUUUUUGCCAUAACUGCAUAUUACAAUAUUAUGAGAUAUACUGUAAAUUUGUUAUUACAAUUAGGAGUACAAAACAUUGGUAGAGCACUGGCAACAUUACAUAGAAUUGAAGAAUUUUUAAAUACAUCGGAUGAAAAAAGUAAAAUUAUUAAUUUAUUAAAUGAGAAUAAAGAUAAUAAUACAACAAAUGUGAAUAGUUAUCGUAUUGAAUUAAAAAAUGCAUCAGCAAAAUGGCCAUCACAAAAUUCAAUGACAAAUACAUUGAGUAAUAUUAAUUUUCAAGCAUUAAAUGAAUCAUUAACUGCAAUUAUUGGUCCAGUUGGUUCAGGGAAAUCGAGUAUUUUUCAUGCAAUACUUGGUGAAUUGCCACUUAGUGAAGGACAAUUAAAAGUAUCGGGAAAAAUUGCUUAUGUGAGUCAGGACGCAUGGAUAUUUGCCUCAAGUAUUAGGCAAAAUAUUCUAUUUGGCAGACCAAUGGAAAAGAAACGCUAUGAGACUGUCAUUAAUGUUUGUCAAUUGGAUCAUGAUAUUGCAAUGUUUCCUGAUAGAGAUCAGACGCUGAUUGGAGAAAAAGGUAUGACUCUAAGUGGAGGACAAAGAGCAAGAAUCAACUUGGCCAGGGCUGUGUACGCAGAAGCCGAUAUCUACCUCCUCGAUGAUCCCCUAUCAGCAGUCGAUACACGAGUCGGGAGACUCAUUUUCCAACAUUGUAUCACUGAAUAUCUCCAAGGUACAACAAGAAUUCUAAUCACCCAUCACUUCCAAUAUUUAAAAAAAUUCUCAAAUAUAUUCGUCCUCGACAAUGGAGCAAUCAAAGCCUCCGGAACAUUUCAAGAACUAAAGAACAAACAAUUAGACAUGUUAAAGACAACACUUGAUAAUGAUGACUAUUUAGCCGACGAUACGAGCAAUUAUGACACCCAAUUAACGCAAUCAAAUGAAGAUAAAGUACAAGACGAGGAGACCGAAGAGGAAGCUGAACAUCGUAGCAUCGGCAAAGUAUCAGGAAAGGUCUAUUUCUCCUAUUUUAAAGCCGUUGGUAGUUGGAGUUUUGUUUGUCUAAUGAUCAGCAUUAGUAUUCUAAAUCAAAUUAUAUCGAGUGGCGGAGAUUACUUUGUAGCUAUUUGGGUGAAUGAUGAGGAGAAUUUCAAGAAGGAUGUUGAAUUUAAAGGAAUGGAUAUUGAAAGGAAUGAGGAGGAAUUGGAUAGAAAUUGGUACAUUGAGAUCUAUAGUGCAUUUAUUACAUUGACGAUUAUUAUGAUUUAUAUGGAACUGAUAACAUUCUUUGAAAUGUUUUCGAGAGCAUCGAGGAGGCUGCACGAUUUUAUGUUUUCUAGAAUUAUCAGGGCGACAAUGUCAUUCUUUCACAAUAACCAUUCCGGUAGAAUUAUGAAUAGAUUCUCUAGAGAUAUGGGAACAGUUGACAGAUUUUUGCCAGCCAGUUUAGUAGAAGUAACUAAAGUUGGAUUAUUAAUAUUGGCAGUGAGUAUAAUCUGCACCAUUUCAAAUCCCUGGCUAUUGAUUCCAAUUGUUGUACUUGCCUGGAUAUUUUAUGCUCUUAAAAGAGUUUAUCUGAAAACAACACGAGACAUCAAACGUCUGGAGGGAAUAACGUCAUCGCCAGUUUUCAAUCAUCUUAUUGCAACACUACAAGGACUUACGACAAUUCGUACAUUUAAUGCUGAAGAAAGUUUAGUGAAAGAAUUUGACAAUCAUCAAGAUUUACAUUCAACGGCUCUCUACCUAUCAUUAUCGUGCUCUCACGCAUUUACCUAUUAUCUUGAAAUUUUAUCAGUCAUCUACAUAGCAAUUGUCAUCUAUUUAUUUCUUCUCAUUGAUUUUGGACAAAGUACAGCUACAAUUGGCCUCGUUAUAUCGCAAUGUAUAUUUCUCUCUGGAAUGAUUCAUUGGGGUAUUAUUGAGGCAGCAAAUUUGGAGAAUCAAAUGACAUCAGUCGAACGUAUCGUUGAAUACACUAAAGUUGAGGAGGAAGAGAACAUGAAUUGUGACUAUGAUAAUAGUGUCAGUAAUGAAUGGCCAAAACAGGGGAUAAUUGAAUUCAAAAAUGUUACGUUACGUUAUAAUCCAACAAAGAAGCCGGUAUUGAAGGAUUUUAAUUUUAUUAUUGAAUCACGUGAGAAGGUGGGAAUUGUCGGUAGAACUGGAGCUGGAAAAUCGUCGUUGAUUACAGCAUUAUUUCGAUUGGCGCACUUGGAGGGUGAAAUUUAUAUCGAUAGAGUGGCGACAAGUAAAUUGAGACUUGAUGAUUUGAGAUCGAGAUUGAGUAUUAUUCCACAGGAACCAUUUCUUUUUGUUGGAAGUCUAAGGAUGAAUUUAGAUCCGUUUGAUGAAUUUAAUGAUGAGGAUUUGUGGAGUGCAUUGAAUGAUGUGGAAUUGAAGGAGAUGAUUGUGAAAAUGGAUGCUGGAUUGGGAAUGAGAGUUUCGGAUGGUGGUUCUAAUUUUAGUGUGGGAGAAAGACAGCUUCUUUGUUUGGCGAGGGCGAUUCUUAGGAAGAAUAGAAUUUUAAUUUUGGAUGAGGCAACGGCUAAUGUCGAUCCAAGAACGGAUGAUUUAAUACAGAAGACAAUUAGGAAACGAUUUAUGGAUUGUACUGUUCUUAUUAUUGCACAUCGAUUGAAUACUAUUAUGGAUUGUGAUAAAAUUAUUGUUUUGGACUCUGGAUUCUUAGAGGAAAUGGAUCACCCCUACAAAUUGUUGAACAGAGGGACAGGUCUAUUCUACGAAAUGGUUCAACAAACUGGUCCAGAAAUGGCUAAAGUUUUAACAGAAAUGGCAAAAACUAGUUUCAAAAAAUUAUAAAUAACAAUUUAUACUUCUUCUUUUUCUUCAUUUCUUUAUAAUGCUUUUUGCAAAUAUUUUUUUUUUCAUCUCUAAACUUUUUCCUUACUUCCUAGACCAAUCAACGAACGAACUCAUUAUUACAUAGUUUCUUUUUUCUUGAACCUCUUGUAAAAAUAUACUUUUAAUUCUGAAGAAUUUACUUUUGUAAAUAAAUAAAUAA